AUUCAAUACAAAGCGUGGGUGAGAAUAUUCCAUCCAGUCUUUCAAGCAGAACCACAUUGCGCGAGCGACGGUGCUUCGUCCAUCUCUCGGCUACGACGACCCGCAGCCCCAUUGCCUCUUAGCUAGUCGCCGCCUCCGCCGCUUCCAGGAAUCUCAAUCGCCCAUCGACUUCUGGACCGUGACUGUUGUUCUUCAUGCUCAUGGCAGCCACGAAUUCCUCCUCUUUGGCCAGCGCGCCACCCAACAUGAAGCUGCUGGAGCUCGCGGCCAUGAAGGCGCAUGGCGCGGCCACCGCGCCCAAGGACCUGCGGUCCACCACCAUUAGCGAAAGCGCCGAUUCGGGCGUGUCCGACUCGACGCCGGCGCCGGCCGCGACCACCGCCGCCGGUCGCAAGUACGAGCGCCGCACCAAGCGCUUCAUUUGGCCCGACGAGCUCCACCGUCUCUUUGUCGCGGCGGUCUUUGAUGUCGGCCUCAAGAACGCGUCGCCGAAAGCACUGCUCACGCUCAUGGGCAACCCCGCGUGCUCGAACGGCCUCACGACCGAGCACCUCAAGUCGCACUUGCAAAAGUACCGCCUCAACUACGACCGGUCGCGAGUCGAGUUUCUCAAGUUCUAUGACGAGAGCGUCUCGGAGGCGACCAAGCAGCACAAGCGCAAGGGCAAGCCCGUGCAGCAAGGCGCGGUCUCGUCGCUCUUUCCCAUUUGCCCGACCUCCAAGAAGCGCAAGACGACCGACGACGCCAUGGAGGACCCGUCGAGCGACGACGAAGACGACGAGAAGGUCGCCAAGGUCGUCGCCACGACCCAAAACAUCACGCGCCAGCUCGACGUACAGGCGAAGACGCUGCACAUGCAAGCGCAGUUUCAAGAGGAGAUCCAGCAGCAGCUGUACGAGCAGGCACUGCUCCAACGGCAACUCCAGGAGCGGCUCUCCCAAGUCACGAUGGCCAAGGGCAUCACCGAGAGCGCACUGAACGCCGCGCGGUCGGCGGCAGCGCUCUCGUCCGUGCUGCCCACGUCGUCGGGUCCGGGGCUCUCGAACGGCCACAGCAGUACUGGCGCCAAGCAGCCGCCGCCCGUCGUCUCGAACGGCCACCGGGCACAGACCAACCAGUUCCAGCACCACCUCACGGCCUUGAGCCAGCUUGGGCCGUCGGCCACGAGCGAUCCCAGCAGCGGAAGCGGCUCGGAUCCGAAUCCCAACAUGCAGUGGAACCUGGGCCUGCUGCAGCCGACAAGUGCACCGUACCCUGUGUCGCCGACCGCACGCAUGUCGCUCGAGCAGCAGAACGCGUCGCACUUGCAGAUGCAAAUGGCCAUGCAGCAGCAAAUGUACUUGCACCGGCAGAUGCUACUGCGCAAGGUCGAAGUCUCGCAGCAGCAGCAACAACAUCAGCAGCAGCAGCAACACCAACAGCAGCAGCAGCAGCAGAUUAUACCAGCGCACCAUGACAACAACAGCCACAACACCAACACCACCACCAACAACAGCAACGCGGCGUCGACGUCGAGCUGGAACGCGAAUGCAAGUGCUGCUCCGGCGUCCCGCCCGACGAUCCUCGACCAUGCGCCAACCGAGUGGCAUCAAGACGACCCGAGUGCGCACAAGGUGCCGUCGCCGUCCAUGCACCUCGGCGACGAGAGCAAGCCGGCGACGCCGUCGGCCGAUGUCAUGGACCUCUACGGCUGGGACAAGCUCAACUUGGACGUCGACAUGAACGACGAUCUCUUCAGCUUCCUCAAGUAGUCGUCAACGAAGAAGUGGAACGUGUGGAUGUUGGCCAAUAUGUAAUAAUCAAGAGUGAUCGUGGUCGAAGCGAAAGCAAUAAGACAUGAGAGUUCUUGCACCUGCAACGGUAUGCACUGCAGGUCGACAGCAAGGUGCUUGACCAUUCGUUGGACCCCAG